AUGACUGCUGAGAUCAAAGCUUUGGAAUCCAAUAACACAUGGACCUUAGUUCCCCUUCUAGUUGGAAAACAAUGCAUUAGCUGCAGGUGCUUCCUUGGUUCCUUGAAAUAUUUUCUGGGUCUGGGAAUUGCAAAAUCCAGCAAGGGCAUUGUCCCGACUCCGCGAAAAUAUGCUCUUUCUCUGUUAGAAGAUACUGGCUUCCUUGGCUGCAAACCAUCUUCUCUUCCAAUGGAUCCAAAUUUAAAGCUUAGCAUGCUCAAUGGUGAAUUACUACUUGAUCCCUUAAUGUACAGGCGUUUACUUGGUAGCCUAAUGUAUCUAACUAUUUCAAGGCCAGAUAUUACAUUUGAUGUUAACAAGCUAAGCCAGUACAUGCAGAAUCCAAGGAAACCUCAUCUAUAUGUUAUGCAUCAUCUUCUCCAAUACAUCAAAGGUACUCUAGGUCAAGGUCUUCAUUUUCCAACAAGUAAUUCCUUCAAUUUGUCUGCCUAUGCAGAUGCUGAUUGGGGAGGAUGGUUGGACACACGCAGAUCCACAUUUGGUUCCUGUGUGUUUCUAGGAGAUGCUUUAAUAUCAUGGAAGUAA